UUAAAAACAAACUUCAUCAGAAGGGAAAGAUGAAAGCUCUGACACUCCUUCUCUGUCUGUUUCUUACUAACUUUCAAGAUCUAUGUGCACAAUCAUGUGGUGGCCAAAUGACAAAUAGGAGGGGUGAUUUAUCCAGUCCCCGGUACCCUAAUAACUACCCUGAUAACUCACAAUGCACCUGGACCAUUCAUAGCACAGGGAGAAGGACAGUGUCACUGACCUUCAACAGUGUUUCUUUGGAAACAUGCUGUGAUUACAUCAAAGUAUAUGAUGGUCCUUCUACCCACCACCCCUUACUGGGAGAAAUACGGGAGUACAGGAGCCAGUCUUUCAAAUCCAGCAGCAAUGAUCUGACUGUGUAUUUCUACAGUGAUCACAGUUCAACAAGUAAAGGAUUUCAUGCAAACUGGGUCUUUGUAGAUUCCAAUUCAUGCAGGAAUAACUGCGGAUACUCCCUUAGCAGUUGUUCAUGUGACUACUCCUGUCAGUACUACAGUAACUGUUGUUCCGACUACAGCUAUUACUGUUCAAGUACAACCAGUUUGCCACAGACUACAACAGAUUCCAUUUCAUGCAGGAAUAACUGCGGAUACUCCCGUGGCAGUUGUUCAUGUGACUACUCCUGUCAGUACUACAGUAACUGUUGUUCCGACUACAACUAUUACUGCUCAAGUACAACCAUUCAGCCACAGCCUACAACAGGUUAUAAUUCAUGCAGGAAUAGCUGCGGAUACUCCCGUGGCAGUUGUUCAUGUGACUACUCCUGUCAGUACUAUGGCAACUGUUGUUCCGACUACAGCUAUUACUGCUCAAGUUCAACCAAUUGGCCACAGCCUACAACAGAAAUUUUCACUGGAUCAUGGAUUACAGAUUCCAUUUCAUGCAGGAAUAACUGCGGAUACUCCCGUGGCAGUUGUUCAUGUGACUACUCCUGUCGGUACUACAGUAAUUGUUGUUCCGACUACAACUAUUACUGCUCAAGUACAACCAUUCAGCCACAGCCUACAACAGGUUAUAAUUCAUGCAGGAAUAGCUGCGGAUACUCCCGUGGCAGUUGUUCAUGUGACUACUCCUGUCAGUACUAUGGCAACUGUUGUUCCGACUACAGCUAUUACUGCUCAAGUUCAACCAGUUUGCCACAGCCUACAACAGAAAUUUUCACUGGAUCAUGGAUUACAGAUUCCAUUUCAUGCAGGAAUAACUGCGGAUACUCCCGUGGCAGUUGUUCAUGUGACUACUCCUGUCGGUACUACAGUAAUUGUUGUUCCGACUACAGCUAUUACUGCUCAAGUACAACCAUUUCGCCACAACCUACAAAAGAACAUGUGAAUUGUUCCUCAGACAACAUGACCAUUGUCAUUCAGAGGUCUUACCUGAAUUCAGUCGGGUUGAGUGGAAGUGACCUUUAUGUGAAUGACCGUCUUUGCAGACCCACUAUUAGCAGUACUGAAGUUAUGUUCAGAUUCCCACUUAAUGCAUGUGGAACCGUCAAAGAGAUGAUGAAUAGUAAUGUGUCCUACACCAACAAUGUGAGGGCCUCUCAGUCUCAGUCGGGUCAAAUCACUCGUCAGUCACAGUUCCUGCUACGCGUGGGCUGCCGAAUGGAGCCAGACACCAUGGUGCAGAUAUUCUACAAGGCCCAGGAGAACAUCAAUGCCAACAUCACAGAAAUGGGCCACUUUGGGGCUAACAUAGCCUUCUACUCAUCCAGCAAUUUUGACCGGAAAAUUUAUGACUCUCCAUUUGAAGUGAACCUGAAUCAGCUUCUGUACAUUCAGGUUGCGCUAAACAGGCCUGACAACAGUCUGGAUCUCUUCCUGGACACCUGUGUAGCGUCUCCAAAUCCCAAUGACUUCAAAGAUCGCUCCUAUGACCUGCUGCGUAACGGAUGUCCCAGAGACAACACAUAUUAUUCCUACACCAGCGGUCAACACUAUUAUGCUCGGUUCAGGUUCCAGGCUUUCAAGUUCCUCCGGACUCAUGCCUAUGUGUACCUGCAGUGUAAGGUGAUCAUCUGCCCCGAUAACUAUUACAACUCUCGCUGCCGCCAAGGUUGUCGCUUCCGUCGCAAGAGAUCCCUUGACAGCACCUACCACACCAAUACUGUGAUGCUGGGACCAAUCAAACUCAAAGGAGCAUAGGACAGCGACGCGCUUUCACAGACAGAAUGAGAAGAUGAAGGCAACAGUGAUUUAAUCAUCAGCUUUUUCAUUUCUGAUUUGUAUCAUUAAUCAAAUCACAUUAAUCUUACUAAUGAUGUUUUUUCCUUAAUCCAUUAAAGCAAUUCAUUAAAGCA